UUCAAUUCUCAUUUUUAUAUUAUAUUUCUAAUUUCUAUUUCAAUUUUCAAAUUUUCAAUUCAAAAUAAAAAGCUCACAGACUAAUAUAAUCCGCAGAAAACGCUUUUUAAUUUUAUUUGAAGAAAUUCUAAAUACAGAAAUGCGGUGCUGUGUGCCCUUCUGCAAGACCACUGCGGAGGUCGUCUCCGAAUCCGAGGAGAUUACGUUUCACGAGUUCCCCAGAGAAGUGCAUCUGCGUGCCGCUUGGCUCAGUGCCCUCGGCAAACAAGACACUCCUCUGCCAGAGCCCGCUGUGGUCUGUUCGCAGCACUUUCUAAGUGAUGAUAUUUAUGAAACAGAAAGUGGCUCAAGGCAGAUUCGUACUGGUGCUGUCCCCUCAACAGUGCUGGUCUGCAUGAUAUGCCUGGACACUCGCAGCAAGCUGUUUUUGAUGAGUAAAUACAAGUUGGACGAAGCAUAUGAACAUUUGGUGGGACAGCCUUUGUGUGGUCAAGGAAAGCUCAGACAAACGCUUUGUGUGCAAUGUGCCCAGAGACUGGUGAACUUUAGCACAUUCAGAGACAAGAGCUUGAGAACGCGCUCCCUGAUGAUGGAGCUACUUGACAGACAUGAAGUGGUGACAAUACGACAUGUGAAACUGAUAAGCCGCGUAAAGCACCAACUACAGUCUGACAUCGUCUCGGCCGUGUCGGAGCCGGACUACUGCGAUUUGUACAUAGCACACUCCGACGCGGACGGACGGACAGACCUACACGCAACUGGUGAGGCAGUUGCGGUGAAACGGGAAAUUGAAGACUGUGAAGAUGAUGAAGACGAGUCAGCCGCGGCCGAAGCAGCGACCGAAACACAGGCUCCCGCCGCGCACACUAAGGUGGAGUCGUCGGGAGACUGCGAUCAAGCUUUGGUACUCGCGACCAAUCACGCAGACGAAGAACAUCCGCCUGAUACAGACGACGAGGACAUACUCGGUACACCGGUAGGGGACUAUACUGACCAGAUACAGUACAUCUGUGAUAUUUGCCAAAAGAUAUUUCGACGAAAAAGUUCCUUAGGCACCCACAUUAGGGCGCACACUUUCUCAUGUAAGUUGGGAGAGCGCAAGUCGAGUCAAACUUGUACGUCAUCGAGCCCCAGGAGGACUCACACUGGCGAAAAGCCUUUCGCUUGUAAGUUAUGUAAAUACAAAUGUGCACGAAGUAGUCAUUUAGUAAGGCACAUGAGGACUCACACUGGCGAAAAGCCUUUCGCUUGUAAGUUAUGUAAAUACAAAUGUUCAAAAAGCGGUAGUUUAGUGAAGCACAUGAGGACUCACACUGGCGAAAAACCUUUUGCUUGUAAGUUAUGUAAAUACAAAUGUACAGCAAGCAAUCAUUUAGUGGUUCACAUGAGGACUCACACUGGCGAAAAGCCUUUCGCUUGUAAGUUAUGUAAAUACAAAUGUACAGCAAGCAAUUCUUUAGUGGUUCACAUGAGGACUCACACUGGCGAAAAGCCUUUCGCUUGUAAGUUAUCAGAUAAACAAUAUGAUUAUGAUUAUGAAGUAUAA